AUGGAUAGUUGUAAAGCAAUGUCUACACCAAUGGGAUCCGGAACUUAUGUUGAUCAAGACGAAUCCGGUGUCUCUAUUGAUAUUACAAAGUAUCGAGGUAUGACCGGUUCGUUAUUAUAUUUGACGGCAAGCCGUCCUGACAUAAUGUUUAGUGUUUGUUUGCGUGCUCACUUUCAAGCAAACCCGAAAGAAUCUCAUCUCAUGGCGGUGAAAAGGAUUAUGAAUUAUCUGAAGGGAACAACAAACGUCGGAUUAUGGUAUCUUAAAGGUAGUGUAUGUAAUUUACUUGGUUAUUCUGACGCGGACUAUGCAGGUUGCAAAACUGACCGCAAAAGUACGAGUGGAACAUGUCACAUCUUAGGAAAUGCUUUAGUUUCAUGGUCAUGCAAGAAACAAGCCUGUGUAGCACUUAGUACGGCUGAAGCAGAAUACAUUGCGGCCGGUAGUUGUUGCGCUCAAAUCUUAUGGCUAAAACAACAACUUAGUGACUACGGAGUAAAUCUUGGUUGCAUACCUCUUCGAUGCGACAACACAAGUGCGAUAAAUAUUACAAAGAAUCCGGUCAUGCAUUCUCGUACCAAACACAUAGACAUUCGACAUCAUUUUCUUCGCGAUCAUGUGCUUAAAGGAGAUGUUGAAGUCACUUAUGUAGAUACACAUAAUCAGUUAGCAGAUAUCUUCACAAAACCGCUUGCCAAAGAACCCUUCUUCAAGAUUCGGAGAGAACUUGGGAUUUUGGACGAACAUGACAUAUGA